UUUUUCCCACAUGCCCUGAAUGCAGCUUUGCUUGGCUCUGCUGUAACAAUGGCCACUAGCUGUCAGAUAUGGAGACCGGACCGAGGACGGUGCCUCAAAACCUACGGAAUUGUUAUCGUUUUGUUCAUGGACCUGUUCUUACAGUGUGUUAACGGGUACCUGAGCUCUCCUCAUGUUGGCCAGGAACCCCCUUACACCAGAGACGCCCAGCAUGGACCUGUCAUCACCAGCCCAGUAGUCCCUGCUACAGCCUCAGCGUCUCCUACAGAUGAAGAGAACUACGCUUCCAAAUGUCCUAGUCGGGGUUUGUGUAGUCGCCUGCCAGCUGAUUGCAUUCACUGCAAUUAUCAACACAACUGCACCUAUAGGAAACCAGCUUCCUUCAUUUGUAAACCCAAAAAAGGGGUUCACUGUAUAGGAGAGUCGGGACAGCCGCAAACCAACUUCUCUCUCUCCUUCACCUGUCAGUUCUGCUGGCAGCUGGACCCGUCACAGUACCGCUGCUCAAACUCUACCAACUGUAUGACAGUGUCCUGCCCACGCAAGCGCUACAACGCCACCUGUGACGUGUUAGAUCAUGUACAUUGUUUAGGUAAAAGAAGAUUUCAGAAACGUCUAUUUUGUAACUGGACUGGUGGAUACAAAUGGUCUACAGCAUUAGCACUCAGCAUUACGCUUGGUGGUUUUGGGGCAGACCGGUUUUAUCUGGGCCAGUGGAGAGAGGGUCUGGGCAAACUGUUCAGCUUUGGAGGCCUGGGCAUUUGGACUUUGAUAGAUGUUCUUCUGAUUGGGGUUGGUUAUGUGGGACCUGCUGACGGUUCGCUCUACAUCUGAAGCAAAGCUCUGGAGACAUGGCUUGGAUGGUUUGUGCCCUCUUCACACCGCUUCACUCUCUGAGACUGAAGAUCUGAGAUGCUGCGUUCUUAGCACGUUUGCCUGCCCAAGCUCGCUGUGCAACACGUACUCAUCCCAUCUGCUAACAGGCAGGAAGUGUUUUCCGCAUUACACCAACGAUGACUCUACCCACACAACCAUCAGAUCAAUCCCAAUCAUUCUGCGUCCGUCUCCUGUUGAGAUUCUGCAGAUGGAGCUGUGCAGGGGGAUGAGGAGCCAGUAAUUGUGUCUAGCUGGUUGGUUUGACUUUACUGGUGGUUAGGCUUUUUUCAUGCUGAUACAUAGAUAGGUUUGGUUUCCUGUGGAGCAGUGCUUCCACAGACAUCCUGUCACCUUGGAGCCAUGUGUUGCUCCCCCCUUAUAGCAAGGUAAACGCAUCAGUGGGGGUCAAAUGGUAACCAUGGCUACAGAGCUUUUUUAAUGGUGACACCAGACACAAUAGACAAGAUGAAAGGUAACAUUAAUGUCCUGAAAAAAAGCAUGAAUAUGCAGAAGGGAAUAUGUUCAGGUGUUCUUAUUCGUGACAGAUAGCUGCUCUUGUGGAUGUAUUCAACGGUUUUUACUUUAUUUUUUACCUACAUUGAGCCAACAGUGCAGGCCACAACUGUAAGAACAUUGCCCUAAAGGCGAGAGAAAUGAUACCAUUGCUUUUCAGAAGCUUAAAUCAAAUGUUGGAAAAUGGAAAGUUCACUGAUAAAGUUUGUAUGUUGUAAAAAUAGAUACAUAAGAGCUACUGUAUGUUCAAACAGCAACUGGAACUGGUAGAAAACCAGAAAGAAGUGCACUCACUCACUCACUGCAGCAUGUGGUCUGAUACUUGGGAAACGCACAGAUAAUUAUCUCUUUAACAGUGUAUAUUUGUACAUGAUUGCAACGCUUGAAAUGUGGUGCAAACUGCAGUUACUUGUGGUUUCUCGUGUUGGAGAUACAUUCAACUGGUAUUUUUCCUCAAACUCAUUCUUCACAUUGCAGUUGUCUGUAUGCUAACACUGUUAAGAUCUUUGCUUGCGACUGUGUGGCACACCUCACUACAUGUGAAUAUGGUUUCUGUUUUCAGUGUUGGGUCAUUUUAAUCUGUUGGAACACUGUAAAUGACAUUUUUUAUGUAAAUAAAAUAGUGAAAUAUCA